AUGACCUCAGGAAACCACAGCACCAUCACCGAGUUCAUCCUCCUUGGACUGUCUACUGACCCCCAGACCCGAGUUCUACUUUUUAGUCUCUUUCUGGGGAUUUACUUCAUGACGAUCAUGGGAAACCUGAUGAUGCUGGUGCUGAUCAGAGUGGAUUCGCAUCUCCACUCACCCAUGUACUUCUUCCUAAGUCAUCUCUCUUUCAUAGACCUUUGUUUAUCCUCAGUCACUGUGCCCAAGAUGUUGCACAACCUCCUCUCUCAGAGAAAAUCAGUCUCAGUAGAGGGAUGUCUGGCUCAGGUCUUCCUUCUGUUUGUUACCUUAGGGACUGAAGCCUGCUUGCUUGCAGUGAUGGCCUAUGACCGCUAUACUGCCAUAUGCCACCCUCUGCUCUAUGCACAAAUCAUGAGUAAACAGGUGUGUGGGGGUCUCGUGUGGACCUCCUGGGGACUAGGCUCUCUGGACGCUCUCAUCAAUACCCUCCUUGCUUCCAAUUUGGACUUCUGUGAGGUUCAUGUCAUGUCUCACUUUAGCUGUGAGCUACCCUCCCUCUUCCCUCUGGCCUGCUCUGAGGUCACCACCAAUUUUACAGUCCUGAUCUGCUCUGCCAUCUUGCAUUCGCUUGGGACCCUAAUCUUGAUAGUCUUCUCCUAUGCCCACAUUAUUUCCACCAUCCUGAGCAUCAGUUCCACAACAGGUAGAAGCAAGGCCUUCUCCACCUGCUCCUCCCACCUCAUUGUACUGUGCUUCUUCUAUGGAACUACUUCACUUCGCUAUUUCAUGCCUUCCUCAGGCUCAUCUCUGGAGCUCAUCUUCUCUGUGCAGUACAGUGUGGUCACUCCUCUGGUCAAUCCCCUUGUCUACAGUCUGAAGAACAAGGAAGUAAAAACAGCUCUGAAAAGGGUAUUGCAAACAGGUUUACAUCUCAGAUAG